GGAAUAAAUUGCGGUCCAGACUAUUUUCCCGACUCUAGUUUGCCCGACCCGUGCCACCCACCGAGGCGCCAUCUGGUCGGCAACUCGGCUAACCACAAAUCUGUGAUUGGCCGUUUCUCCUGCUCUUGAUCGGCGUCGCGCUCCUGUCUCCUGCCAGAGCCACCAAAAAAGCUACACGAGGCACUGCGCUCCAAGAUCAGGCCAAUCCCCCAGCGUCAAGUGUCACAAUGGCGUCCCAAAUGGCUUGGAGAAGAUUAGCCGCCCAGUCAGUCCUGCGGGCACCGCUGAGGAGCCCGAUACAGACGAGAGCCUUCUCUGCAACACGCUCGGCAGCUCGCAUUCUCGGUACGGGCCCUCUGCGGGCAAAGGAGGCUUCCAAGCACGUCGGCAGCAAAUACCCCGUCAUUGACCACGAGUACGAUGCGAUCGUCGUCGGAGCCGGCGGUGCCGGUCUGCGAGCUGCCUUCGGUCUGGCCGAGGCGGGCUUCAACACGGCCUGUAUAUCGAAGCUCUUCCCGACCCGAUCCCAUACGGUAGCUGCGCAGGGCGGCAUCAACGCUGCGCUGGGCAACAUGCACAAGGACGACUGGAGGUGGCACAUGUACGACACGGUCAAGGGCUCCGACUGGCUCGGAGACCAGGACGCCAUUCACUACAUGACGCGCGAGGCACCUGCCUCUAUCAUCGAGCUCGAGAACUACGGCUGCCCCUUCUCGCGUACCGAGGACGGCAAGAUCUACCAGCGUGCCUUUGGUGGCCAGUCGCAGGAGUACGGCAAGGGCGGGCAGGCGUACCGCUGCUGUGCUGCUGCUGACCGGACGGGCCAUGCACUGCUGCACACUCUCUACGGCCAGUCGCUUCGCCACAACACCAACUACUUCAUCGAGUACUUCGCCAUGGACCUGCUGAUGGAGGACGGCGAGUGCCGCGGUGUGAUUGCCUACAACCAGGAGGACGGCACGCUGCACCGCUUCUUCGCGAAGAACACGGUCCUGGCCACGGGCGGAUACGGUCGCGCCUACUUCAGCUGCACGUCGGCGCACACUUGCACUGGCGACGGCAUGGCCAUGGUCGCCCGCGCGGGUCUGCCCAACCAGGAUCUCGAGUUUGUUCAGUUCCACCCGACGGGUAUCUACGGCGCCGGCUGCCUCAUCACCGAGGGUUCGCGUGGUGAGGGUGGCUACCUGCUCAACUCGGAGGGUGAGCGUUUCAUGGAACGUUACGCCCCUACCGCCAAGGACCUAGCGUCCCGCGACGUCGUGUCGCGGUCCAUGACCAUGGAGAUUCGCGAGGGCCGCGGUGUCGGCCCUGAAAAGGACCACAUCUACCUGCAGCUGAGCCACCUGCCUGCCGAAGUCCUGGCCGAGCGCCUGCCCGGAAUCUCGGAGACUGCCGCCAUCUUCUCGGGUGUCGAUGUGACCAAGCAGCCCAUCCCCGUUCUGCCGACGGUGCACUACAACAUGGGCGGCAUCCCGACUCGCUACACGGGAGAGGUCAUCACCGUGGACGAGAAGGGCAAGGACAAGGUUGUUCCUGGCCUGUUUGCCUGUGGCGAGGCCGCCUGCGUGUCUGUGCACGGCGCCAACCGCCUGGGUGCCAACUCGCUCCUGGACCUGGUCGUCUUCGGCCGUGCCGUGUCGCACACCAUUCGCGACAACUUCGCGCCCGGAGCCAAGCACAAGCCCCUCUCGGCCGACAUUGGCGCCGACUCGAUCGAGGUGAUGGACAAGGUCCGCAACUCGGACGGCCCCAAGAGCACCGCCGAGAUCAGGCUAGCGAUGCAGAAGGCCAUGCAGACCGACGUCAGCGUGUUCCGCACCCAGGAGUCUCUGGACCAGGGUGUGCGCAAGGUGAACGAGGUCGACCAGACCUUUAGCCAGGUCGGCAUCAAGGACCGGACCAUGAUCUGGAACUCGGACCUGGUCGAGACUCUGGAGCUGAGGAACCUUUUGACUUGCGCCACCCAAACCGCCACCUCGGCGGCGGCCAGGAAGGAGUCCCGCGGUGCGCACGCGCGCGAGGACUUCCCGGACCGUGACGACAACAAAUGGAUGAAGCACACUCUCAGCUACCAGAAGAAACCCCACGGCAAGGUUGAGCUGUCAUACCGUGGCGUCAUUGGUCACACACUCGACGAGAGCGAGUGCAAGGCUGUGCCUCCGUUCAAGCGCGUAUACUAAAAACUGGGGCCGGGGUUCAAGUUGGGAUGGUAGACAGGCAUUUGCUACUAAUUAAAAACAGGGACCAUAUGUUACCAUCUGUUCUUAACACUUUCUUUUUUUUGUGUGUGAAUCGCCCUGCACUCAUGAAGUGUGCACUUUAUCUUUGUGUCGGGUGUUUUUCGGGGUGCAGAGUCAAGGGAUAUUUUGGUGCAUCAGGGGAAAUCAAAGCGAGUGGCUUUGAGUUGUACAGGGAAACCCAAAGAAUAAAAAAUAAUAAAAAUAAAGUGAUAACCACG